AUGAAACCAGAAACGGUGCUAGACUUGGGCAAUAUUCGUGCGGCCCUAGUGCGGAUGGAAGACACGAUUGUAUUUGAUUUAAUAGAACGAUCACAAUUUUUCAGUUCCCCAUCAGUUUAUCAACCAAAUAAGUUCCCCAUCCCCAAUUUUGAUGGCAACUUUUUAGAAUGGGCAUUGUUGCAAAUGGAAUUGGUGCAUUCUCAAAUCAGAAGAUACGAGGCACCGGAUGAAACUCCAUUUUUCCCUGAGAAGUUGAUGAAACCAAUACUACCACCAAUUAAUUACCCCAAGAUUUUAGCUAGUUAUUCUGAUGAAAUCAAUGCUAAUUCGGAAAUUAUGAAAUUUUACGUUGAAGAAAUUGUACCCAAGGUAAGUUGUAAACAGGGGGAUCAGUUGGAAAACUUGGGAUCAGCUUCAACUUGUGAUAUAGAGUGCUUACAGGCUAUUUCCAGAAGAAUUCAUUUCGGUAAAUUUGUUGCUGAAGCCAAAUAUCAGCAAGAUAAACCGUUAUACAUUAAACUAAUCCUUGCAGGGGAUACAAAGGGAAUUGAAGAUUCAAUAACCAAUAGUGCUGUAGAGGCCAAAAUCUUGGCGAGAUUACUAGUUAAAGCAGAGAGUUAUGGUAUUGAUCCUUCAUUGAGGUAUAGUCAGAAUCGCCAGAACAAAGUGCAACCUGAAAUCAUUGCUCAGUUGUACAAGCAAUGGAUUAUACCACUAACCAAGAAAGUAGAAGUCGAUUACUUGCUAAGACGAUUAGAAGAUGAAGAUCCCAAAUUAAUAAAUCAGUAUAGAUAG